AUGGACGGCGGUCUUUGUCUCUGCAACAUUUGCUGUUCUGAAGACGCGUCAGAAACCUCUGAGGACUCACCACCGCAGUCGCCAGCUCAAGAUGGGAGAACAGCAGAAGAGGAGCUCGAGGAAAAGUAUAGCCAAAGGUGUGCUGGCAUCACUGAGACCGAACAGUACGAAGAAAAGGCGAAACAAACUUUAGGCCAGGGGCGUGAAUUCUCGGAGGAUACAUUCAUAAAAUUAGAGAAGAGAGAGUUUGAGCGGAUUGUAGAUGAUGAAUAUGAAAGUAUGGGGACGAAAUGGGAAGAAAUGGGGGAGAGAUUUAGCGAGGGGCGUGAAUGCUGCAGGAAAUGCAUGUUAACGGGUGAGCCCGGGAACGACAGCUGUAGUGAGUGUGAGAUUGUCGGCGAUAGCAAUGAUGUGAAUGGAGUUGAGAUUGAUGAAGAGGAGGAUGAUUGCCGGGAUAUCGUUGAUGGUGAUUGGGAAUGUUCUGCUGAAGAGUUGGAAGCGGCCAUGUGUGAGGAUGAGCUUUUUCGUUCGCUGUAUGGGGAUGGUCAACAUAUGAUGCAGUGUUGUAUGUGA